AUGUCGUCCUUGCUAUGUAGCAUCUCCGCCAUCUUUUGGGAGGAUGUUGUCAAACCACACACGAACCCGAUGUCGGACAGACGAGCAACAUUUAUCACGCAAUCUUCAGUGGUACUGUUUGGAGUGUUAAGCAUUGCUGUGGCAUUUUUGGUGUCCGGUUUGACAGGUCCCAUAUCUCAGAUAAUAGACACGACUGAAUCAAGCCUUGUAGGAGGAGUAUGUGGCGUUUUCAUUUUAGGAUGGUUGAUUCCAUGGGCAAAUACAACGGGUGCUUUAGUUGGAGGUUUUGUCAGCGUUUUGUUUGUUGGGUGGAUAUCAUUUGGGCAGUACACUUCGUCCGGGGUUCGAGUCGCACCUCAGCUUACUCCAGCCUCUGUUGAACGAUGUCAAUUCCCGAAUUCUACGGAUCUGUUUGAUGUCCAGACCAAUGAUACGAUGUACCUAGGCGAUAACAACAUACAGACAGUAGCUGAACCACAUGGACUGGACUUGUUGUAUUCCUUGUCCUAUAAAUGGCUCGGGGCUGUUGGGAUCGUAAUUGUAAUCGUUGUUGGUUCCCUGGUCAGCCGUCUACAAGCCCCUAGGCCUGUCGACCCAUCGCUGGUCGUGCCGAUAUGUGAUCUUCUCUGUUGCUGUAUCCCUUCUUUCAUCCGGAAACGACUAGGUUUUGGAGUGAACCAUACACAUAAUGAUGACAGAACUAGUGAAAAAGCUGAGGGUGAAAGUCCGGAUGAAAAAACGAGCCCAUCGCACACAUUAAUGCCUUUGAUGACCAAUGAUGAACCAUUACAGGCGCUUAACGGAUCGGGGAUUUAGACUUUUCGCGUUUUUGUAUUCAAUUCAUUGUCUCUUACUGACUUCUAUCUUAACAUUGCACCGGUGACGCUCGUAGAUGUCGCGUAUCUAAUGUACAAUUCUUUCUAAACGGAUAUAAAGAGAUUUUGAUUGAAAUGUAAAAAUAUGUAUUAAAACAAUACUGGU